UCGCGCCUCUGCCCUGCAGCGGCUCCCCUACGAGCAGCGCAGUCCCAGAGGAAUCGAACCACAGCAGGAUAACUUGGUUCGUUUUAAGCGGAGGACGUUGGAAACGCGCUGCGGGGAUUCACAGGAUGGCUCCAGACAAAUACUUAAAGAUCCACUUUUAAGCUUCUGCUGAAAUUGGAGAAGCAGAAAAAAGCAUUAAAGGAAAGAAGAAUGGAUAAUCCUACUUCAGAACCCAAGUACCAGUAUACCAAGUGCCACUAUAAAGAAGAUAUAGAGCAUAAUAAUUCCCCAAUGAUCAGCGGCAUCAUGUUUGGCUUAGGAGUCUUUGGGAACGUUGCUGCCUUGGUGAUCCUGGAAAUCCGUCGGCGAAGGGACUCAAAGGUCGAUGACAGGCGGCACAGAGGAUUGUUUUACAUCUUCAUCAAUUCUCUGGUGUUCACAGACCUGGCUGGAACCUGCCUGACCAGCCCCCUAGUUCAGAUUGCCUAUGCACUGAACAAGACCUUGGUUGGGAUGGAUCCUAAGUGUAACAAUACUAUAAACGUCUCCACUAACGUCUCCCCUAACAGCUGCACAGGCAGUGUGUGUAAGUACUUUGGCAGCAGCAUGACCUUCUUCAGCCUGGCCACCAUAUCGCUCCUCUUCAUUACAGCAAUGGACAAAUGCUUUGCAAUAGGACACCCCUACCUGUAUAACCGGGUUGUCACCAAGAAAUGGGCUUAUGUCAUAAUCUCUGUUAUGUUUCUUGUAUGUUUCCUAUUCUGUUUGCUUCCCUUUGUGGAAUUUGGUGCAUAUGUGCAAUACUGCCCUGGCACAUGGUGCUUCAUUGACAUGAACCCAGGCGACAUAGAGCACAGGGUCUAUGCUAACUUAUAUGCCACAAUUAUGCUGGUGUUGGUCCUGUCGAUUGUGGCCUGCAACAGUUUCGUGGGAUACCAGCUGUUCCAGAUGUACCGACGUCGCAACAGGCAAGGCUCGGUGAUGAAGAACAUGAGAUCCAGCAGCGAGCGCAGGGUGUUCGUGGCUCAUGAGGUGGAGCACCUGAUCCCACUGGUCUUCAUGACUAUCAUCUUCAUCAUUUGCACAUUGCCCAUGGUGAUCCGAGUGUUCUACAACUCCGCCGUGUCCGAUGAUGAGUCCCAUGAACAAGACCUGCUGGCCCUCCGGUUCCUCUCCAUCAACUCCAUCAUCGAUCCGUGGGUCUUCAUCCUGCUCUCCCCCAGCGUGUUGCACUUCUUCUGUUUGUCUGUCUGCAAGACCCGGCUGGGGAAAUUCAGAGGCUCUGUGAACGAGUCAAUUGGCAACUGCCACGCGCCUGUGGAACUGGCUCGUCCAACCAUGUGGACCACUUGUCCUCCCACGGAGGAAACCGUUUGAUCACAGCAUUGUUGCUUGUGACUCCACGUUUCUAUUUAUUGGACGAGUACAAUCCUGCCUGCCUACAUGGCACACACGCUGGAGAAGUUUGAUGGGCUGCAAUCAUUCUCCUGGGUGUUUCCAUUUCAUUAUGGCCGUAAUAACAUUGGCCAAUUAAAGACCACUCCCACUCUGUGGUUUUCAGCGUAUUACUGUUGAAUCCACAAAGACUUUUCUGAAACUGUCUUGUAAGGUUGCUUCUUCUAUUUACUGUCAGUGAAUCAAUUUACCAGUAAAAGCCAAUUUGCUCAGCAGACACUCAGAUGUUGCAGCUUUGUCUUUCAUGGGUCAAACUAAACUGAAGACACUGAAGUGAAAUAAAUGCAAAGAUAAAUAUGACCAAUCACAGCAGGCGUUGCUCUCAAAUUACACAAGUUAUAGAGUCUUUGACAAACAGAAAGUAAAGCUUCAUUCCUUCCUCUGCUGAGGCAACAAAUCCCCACAAAAAGCAUCUUCUUCCACACACUUGCAGCAAAUGUUGGCACCAAAAUGCACCAUCUUCCAUUAUCUUCACCGGCUGGUUUAUGUUGGUCUCCCACAUAAAAUCCCCAGAAAAUACGCAUUCAUCUGAGGACGUAGGGUGAGAUUUGAGCAAUGACAACAGAAAAAAACUCACAAAUAGUUUUUCACAUGCCAGUUGGAAAAGUCAAAUGCUAGAAAAGCUCAGAGGCUUUUUUGGGUCCCAACUUUCACUCAGGGAAUGAGUGAACAUUUCUAAACCGUAUUCUCUUGCAGUUAUUUUGUUUUUACUCACAUGUUUAUUAUGAAGCAUAAAUAUAUUUACCAAAACUGUUUUUUUGUGGGUUUCCAUUAUGGUUUGACUUGAAAAGAAAUUCUGUGUUUGAAACAGUGUUGGGGCUGCUGUGGCUCAGGUGAUGGCAGGGACGUGGAAGUCGUACUUUCCUCAUCCUGAAGUGUCUUGGAGCAAGUUUCUCCAGAUUGGCCACCAUCUUGCCUGGCAGCUCUACUGGUAUUUUUGUGCGUGACUGAAUGAGAAACACUGUAAAAUGCCUUGUUGAGCCACAGUUAGACAAUUUUGUCCUCAAAUAUUUGUUUAACUGUGUUGCGCUUUUGUUAAGUUGCUGCAAAUAACUUCAGCAUUAUGCUGGAAGAAAUAUCAUUUCUUUUUUGGUGAGGGGUUGUGUGGAGCGUCUCAUCUGCAGCAUACAUUGAUUGUAUCUCAACCUACCUCACCUUUAUUCUUUUAUUUAAAUAAACAUCCUGACAAAUGACAAAAUAUGCCCUCUAAUUUAAAUACAUCACCUAUCAGUCGCUUAUUUAUAUGUUGUCUCUGUAAAACAGAUUUAUUUAUUUACUGAUAAUUGAAACAACAGCUUAUUUGUUCCCCACAAAGCUCAAAAUUACGAAGUAUCUACUAUUCUCUCUCUGUGUCUUGCAAAAUGAUGACAUUUUUGAGUUUUUCGCCGAUUGUCAAGCUAAAAAUCUGUCUUUCCACCAGACAUCUUCUUCGUGCAUUACUGACUUUCAUAAUUUUCAUCCACAUCUUGCUUUAAUUUACGAUAAAUACGAAAGUGUCAUUCUAACGCUUUAGGAAUUUAAAGGAACAUCUUGAAAUGGUUUUUGUAAAGUCCUCUUGAAAAGGAAAUAAAGACCUUUCUAUUUGUUUUGUUUUUUUUAAAAAGAAGAAACCUUGAAAUCCUCAAACUGACAGUAAAAUUAAUCUACCAAGUGGAGAAAAAUCAUAAAAAUGUCAGUUUUCUUUCAAAGCCAUGACAUUUUUUUCCUGGCAUUGACUGCAAAUGUCUGGCUGUAAAGACAUGGUGGAUAUUCAUAAUUACAUAAGAUGAAUUAAAGGGAAUACUCUUUAUGUUUGCUUUGUGUUUUUAUGUGGUAAAAUAUUUCAUAUUGCAGAGUCUCACAGUUAACGUCUAAAAGACUUUUACUUAUAAUCAAUGCGUCUCUUCUUUGAAAGUUUAAAUAGGAUCCCGCGGUUUGGCAAAAAAAAUACUCAGCAACACAUUUUUUGCGGGCGUUUCUGGCAUAAAUCUGUCAUCAACAUGAGCUUGAGUUCCUGAUGUUUCUUAAAGCAGGACGAUUUAAAUUUCAAUUACAUGCAGACAGUUCUUAACAAUGUAUGAAAGCAGAUUCUGUGAGCUUCAGGGAAAUUGGCCUAGUGCUGAAACGUGAGCUUGUUGUAUCUGUAUAAAUAGUUUGUUAUUGUUUCUGUUGCUCUAUUUUUUUAAAUGUUCAGUAUUUACCGUCAAAACUUACUGCUUCCUGUCAGCAAUAUGGAGGGCUUUUGCUAUAAACGUCAGUGAUUUUGUGAGUGUGUGUGUUUAUUUAAGCUUGCAAAUAUCCAUUUAACUUGUGUGUGUGUGGACAUAUGUGAGCAAUUGUAAUGUGAAUGAAACGUGUCAAACCAUAAUGCUGGUUGUCUGUACUCUCCAAGUACUGUAAAAUGAAAAAUUAAUGCACUGAGCACACAAGCAUGUUCGGAUGAGUUUUAUGGCUUGUGUAAAUAAACAUCUCAUCUAGAAAAUAUUCUGUCUAACCUGCUUGGUAACCCGCAAUGCACAAGAGGAAACACACACAUUUAUCCAUGUUUUCUUGCUUCUGUAAUAGACUCUCAACAAUAUUGGUCUCUUAACUUCAACCUAAUAAUGUUUAACCUUACAAUUAAGUUUUAAUUAGCAUCCCAAUAAGCGCUGAAUUAGUGGAAAGUCCCCCCAAAAAUGUAGAAAAACAAGAUUUAACGGAGUUUGAAGAUGAGUUCCAGAUGGGAAGGAAAUGCUGGACUGUGUUUCAUUUUCCAGUCUUUAACUUUGAGAAAUGUUUCCUGAUUGUGUUUGAAUUCUUUUUUUUAAGACAGUUCCAUCUUUGAAUAAAAAUUAAACAACCAUUUGCUGUUUUUUUGCUUCAUGAAGGAAACCUUGUGGCAGCGAUUUUUUACAGUGCAUAAGAGAAGAAGGAAAAUGAAAAUCUGAAAAGUGUGGCGUCGGUUUCUAUUUAAGCACCUUUACUCAAACACAAACAGAAA